GAUUAAUCUGUGGUUAUCAACUUUUUUCAUUAUAAUUAUAACAAUAUUUUCAAAAACUAUUUACCCACUAUAUCCCAGUAUUGCUCUAGAAAUUCUUUAGAAUAUAAUAUCGAAAAAUAGUAUUACUAUAAUGUGACUAAAAUACUACAAAAUGAUAUAGAAUCCACAAUGCCGAGAUUAUUACCUUUAAGAAUAUCUAUUAAAGAUUGUUUAGUUUUAGUUAUUUUGAUUAUUUUUAAUACAAUACAUAUUACUGACAUGGCAAAUAAUAACAUGGAUAUUCAAAGCAAAGAGAAGAAAGUAAAAGACGACACCGCCGACAAAGGGCUCAGUUUUAACGAAAUGGAAGAAGAAUAUCUGAAAAGUUGCCCAUAUUCUGAUAAAGAGAAUAUUUCAUUAUGUUCUUCAUUGUUAUAUCCCUGUAUAUCUUGCGAUAGAAGUAUAGACUGUCGAUAUGGAGAAUUUUGCAACUACAAUUGUACAGUAAAACCAAAAGUAUUGUGCAGUGGCACCAAGACAUUUAAUAAAACAGCCAUGUGUCGUUUUUGCUAUCAAACUGAGACAUGGGAGCAUCGUUGUGAACAAAAAGCAAAUUGUAACUCUCUGGCAUCUCCUCUCAAUUACUACUUAACAAAUUGCACAGUAUCUGAUGACAUCAUUUGCUUAGGAAGACGAAGAUUCUUGAAGAAAAUUCGUUGUUCUUGGACAGCAGGAACUAGGUGGGGAACCGCCUUGCUUUUAGCACUUACACUUGGAGGCUUUGGUGCAGAUAGAUUUUAUUUAGGCCACUGGCAAGAGGGCAUCGGAAAAUUAUUUAGCUUUGGAGGUUUAGGAGUAUGGACACUUGUUGACGCUUUAUUAAUUGGAAUACAUCACUUGGGGCCUGCAGAUGGGUCAUUGUAUAUUUAAAAAUAUUAUAAUAAAAAUAAUUUCCAAAUA